UUUACCAACUGAGACCACAAGGUGUUUCUGGACUCACAAGAGUAACAUGAGACAAUGAAUACACAGGAAGUGCCUGUUUGGUGUUCAAAGUUCAGAAUCAGCCCAUUUCUGAGAACAAUAAAAGGAAACUAAAUUCCUCUCUUCCCUGCAGAAGCAGCCAUGGCUGCUGCAAAUCCAGCACAACUGCUCCUAGCUGAACUGACUUGUUCGGUGUGUCUAGAUUAUUUUAAAGAUCCAAUAUCUCUAAAUUGUGGGCACAAUUUCUGCCAAGCCUGCAUCACUCAGGAAACAUUGAGUACAAACUUCCACUGUCUUGAGUGCAGAGAAACUUUUUCCCAGAGAAACUUCAAACCAAACAGACAACUAAGGAAUAUUGUAGAAGUUUCCAGAAAACUUACACUGGAGUCAACAAAAGAACCAGAAGUUGGGACAGUGUGUGAAAAACACAAGGAGGAUUUAAAAGUCUUCUGCCAAGAGGAUCAAAUACCCAUGUGUAUGGUUUGCCACCUGUCCCGAGAUCACAGAGAACACACUGUGGUUCCCAUAGAGGAGGCUGCUGAGGAGUACAAGGACCAAAUUUGGAGCCAUUUGGAGAUUUUGAAGAAAGAGAGAGACGAGAUUCUGUCACUUAAAUUGAGUGAGGAAAAUAAAAGCCAGGAACUGCUGAAACAGCUAGAAACUGAGAAGCAGAAGAUUGUGUCUGAAUUUCAGCAACUGUGCCAGUUUCUGGAGGAACAAGAGCAAUUCCUGCUGGCUCAGUUGGAAGAGCUGAAUAAGAAAAUUGAAAAGAGGAGGGAUGAAUAUGUUGCCAAGUUAUCUGAGGAAAUAUCUUUUUUCAGUUCCCUGAUCAGUGAGAUGGAGCAGAAGUGCCAGCAGCCAGUGAGUGAAUUCCUGCAGGACAUCAAAGGCACCUUAAACAGAUGUGAGAGGAAGAAGUUUCAGAACCCAGUGGCCUUUUCUUCUGAACUGAAAUGGAGAAUCUGGGAAUCUUCUCAAAGAAAUGCAGCUCUGGAGACCAGAAUGAAGAAAUUCAAAGACUCACUCUCGUCUAGCCAGCGGUUGGACAAAGCACACGUGACUCUGGAUCCAGACACGGCCCAUCCCGAACUCAUCCUGUCUGCGGAUCGGAGAAGUGUGAGAUGGGGAGACACACGGCAGGCUCUGCCCAAUAACCCUGAGAGAUUUGACACUGAGCCCUGUGUGCUGGGCUGUGAGGGAUUCACCUCGGGCCGACAUUACUGGGAGGUGGAGGUGGAGGAGUGGAGACUCUUUGCUGUGGGGGUGGCCAGAGAGUCUGUGAGCAGGAAGGGAUGGAUCAGCUUUAACCCUGAGCAGGGGAUCUGGGCUUUGGAGUGCGAUGGAGAUCGGUACUGGGCUCUCACAUCCCCUGAGCACGGCAUCACCUUCUCCCUGAGCCGGGCACCCCGCAGGAUCCGGGUUUAUCUGGACUAUGAACGGGGGCAGGUGGCGUUUUUCGAUGCUGAUUGCGGGGACCCGAUCUUCACUUUCCCGCCGGCCUCUUUCGCCGGGGAGAGAAUCCGCCCGCUCUUCUGUGUUGUUGUUAGUGUGCGGCUCCUCUAGCCCCCGCCCUCCUGAUCUCUAUGACCUGGAGGACUCAGCCAGUCUCCCUCCACACAGACAGGGCUGAAGGGGGGGUGACGCUCUACCCGUAGCUCUAUGGCUGUGGAGGUCUGUGUGAGGCGCUCUAGGCUGGGUCUCUGUGCUCCUAAGAGGCCAACUCUGUGUGCAAUGGGGGGGGGUCCCAUCAAGGAAGGAGGGAGCCCCUGUGGGAGGGACCCAGCCAAGGGCCAGGGAGAGACCCCUCAACUGGGGGGAGUGUAGAACUGAUGAAUGAAAUUGUUUUUAAUUGUUCACUUUAUUAAUGUAACUUCAAAAGUAAAGUUUUAUUAAUGAAACAAUGUUCAUUCAUAAAACCGGUUACCCCAAUAACUGGCUAAUUAACAGUUAAGAUGCUUGUUAAGAGCCAUAGCUGUUCAGUCAGCUGCCUUUGUAAAUUUCACUAUCAAUC